CUCUGCUCUUCCCGUCCCCCCUCCCCUCGACUGUAUAUUCCUCCCCCCUCCCCCUUGUUCCCCCUUUCCCUCCGCCUCCCCCUUUCUCUCCGCUCCUCUUCCCCCCUUUCCCCGAGGAUCCGCCAUGAACCAUCCCCCUGGGUUCAAGAUCCUCCCUGAGGCGGUCCAGCAGGUCGGAUACACCAAUUACCAGCACAUCGGCUUCGGAUCCUUCGGUGCGGUGUAUUCUGCUCAGCGUCCGGACCAUGCCAAUGUGGCCUUGAAGAUCCUUUGCGUGGCCGACUCCACCCAACGGGGCUCGGAGAACCUGAACUCCACGACCAAUGUCGAGAAGGAAAUCCGCUUCAUGGAGGGCUUGUCGAAACUCAACUCCCGUCAUCUCCUGACCCUGUAUCGCGUGCACGACUACCGCUUCCAGGAUACCCGCUUCGUCGUGCUGGAGACGGAGCUUUGCAAGUGCUCACUCAGUGACUACCUUUCUCGUCACGGGCCACUCAACGAGGAGCAGGCCCGUCUGACAACGAUCCAAAUCAUUGACGGCCUCUCGGCUCUACACAAUGCCAGCCUUGUCCAUCGCGACCUGUCACCGAAGAAUGUCCUGCUGUCCCGUAAGCACCCCUACGAGCCGUAUAGCAUCCGCUUGGCGGACUUCGGCCUGGCGCGCCUGCUUGAAGAUAAAAGCCUCAUCGCCUCGAACAUGGGCGAUUGCCCGAUGACCGUGGCCGGCACGCCGCUCUACAUGGCGCCCGAGGUGGCUUUCCAGAAUUACACGCUCAAGAUCGACAUCUGGUCCGUCGGGUGCCUGGUCUUCUUCAUGCUCACCGGCGCGCAUUUGAUGGCCACCUUCCGCGAUUUGGCCCUCAACUUCCAGCUGCUGAAUUCCCUCAAAAAGCGCAUGGACAUCCGGCCCAUCCUGGAGGAGAUCCAAAGCAAGACCCAUGCGGCCAUUGACAAUCUGGCGGCCAGCCCGAUCGGUGCUUCGCGGCAGGUGCAGAAUUUCCUCCGCCUGACGCUGAAUGUGCGGCCGCUCUUCCGGCUGUCGCUGCCCGAGGCGGCCAUCAACCAGUGGCUCCUGGGGGCGGAAUAUGCGGCCCUGGCCACGGAGGCCAGCGGCCUGCGCAUGGAAGAGGUGGAGUCCUUCAUCGGGACAUUGGUCAAUCCUUCCUCGGCGGCCGGCGGGGGGAGGCCGACGGCUCCGGCGUCCACCUCGUCGGACCGCUCGGCGGCGGCCGCUGCUGGCGGGGCCGCCACGCCGGCGGCGGCCUCAGCCGGCGGAGGCCCGACCGGGCCCCAUGUGCCCGGUGCCUCGGCAUCCAGGUCGUCGGCCGGGGCCGAUGCCACGGCGACGGCCACGCUGGCCGGCUCGGGCACUUCCCCGGCGCAGCCGAUCCCCUUCCCCCCGUUGGCCACCGGACCCGGGCAUCCCGGGGCCGAUGCCGGCAAUGGUGGUGUAAGUGGCGCGGGGCCGGGCCAUGCGCCGAACUUCGCUCCCCGUGGCCGGACCAGCUCCAUCCCGCGGACAAAUGUCUUCCGCGACAUCAGCUCCGGGACCUCGCCGCCGACGCACUUUGGCGGAUCGGCCGCCCUCAUCGGGGGCAUGGGGUCGCAUCCGUACACCGCCGGCGGGGGCAUGUUCCACCACCAGCACGCCGGGGCGCCCCAGGGGCCACCGGCUUCUGGCGUGGCCGAUCCCCUGGUGGCCGAUUGCUCGGCGGGGGCCGCCGGGCCCGGCGACGCGGCGGCACCGAUGGCGACGCCAUCCCUGGCGGGCGCCCUCCCGGGGGGGAAUCCACCUGGGCCGGGCGAUGUGCCGGCUUCCGGCUGGCCGUCCACCCCGCCGGCCUCCUCGCCCAUCAUGUCGCAUGGCGAUGAGCAUGCCUACUCGGGGGAUUCGCCGGAUGAUGGGGCAUGCGAUCCGGACUUCGUGGCCAUCGACUACCCGGGCCCGGAGGCAGCCGAUGAUGGCGGUGUCGCCUCGGGGCCGGCCGGCCGGGGGAGAGAUGGCAGCGGCGACGGUGGCAAGGCCUCCGGCAUGGGCGGCCCGGUCAUGGGCAUGCCCUUCGGGUCGGAGCUUCUGCUGAGCCACCGCGACAUUUCCCGCAUCGACUUCAGCUCCCAGUACAUCAUGCAGGCCAUCGUCACCAUGGAGCGCCUGGCCGAGCAAUGCCUGAGUGAGCAGUCCCUGGGCGACGUCGGGGCCGAGUAUGCGCUGAUUUUGUCGCACUGGGGGCGUGUCCUGGCGCAAAAGUUCGCCCCCAGCGGCGGCGAGCCCGAUCAUAUGCGCGUCCUCGGCCGGAUCAACCACGAUGCGCGGGCAAUCUUGAACCGCGUGGCUCCGAGCGCCGUAGACCUGAGUGCGUCCGAGGCGGAUCCCCUCCUCCGGUGCAAGGUGUUUGCCUAUGUCUUCCGGCAGCUGGCCCGCCGGGCGGACGUCUACCGCUCGGCCCUGGAAUCCAUGCUCGUGGCCUGCCUAUACCUGGAUGCCUUCAAUAUCAAGCGCUUCCCGCAGCUGCCGCCGGGGCCUGUGGAGGAGUUCAACGAGCUCGUGGGGCAAUUCCUCGCCAGCGCCAUCUUCCGGCCUGGAAGUGAGGGGAUCGCCGGCGGGUCGAUGUUCUCCUCGUCGGUCGGCUCGCGCUGGGCCAAUGGCGGCGGUGGGGCCGCCGGUUCCUCCCUCGGCGGCCGGGGCUAGGUAGUUUGAGCAUUGCGCGUUUGUGGGCGCGCACGAGAGCGAGCGAGCCAGAGAAAGAGAGAGAGAGGGUGCCACCAGCCGCGUGCCAUCAUGUGGUGCAGGGGCGCAAUUGGUUGCCGGUUCUCAUGGUCUUCUCCGGCUUUCCCUGGUCCCCUCGUCCUGUCCAUCGCGUCUCUUGCCCUCUGUGUCCCCGCCCCCUCUCUCCCUCUCCCCCCUGUGGGGGCGGGGGGGCGGGGUGGAGAUCGGUCCCCCCCCCCCCCCCGCGCUCCGCGCACAUCUUCUGUCCUUGUCAUAGUCUGUAGUGCCAAUGCACCCCCGAAACACAUGAUACUGUCCCGCGA